AUGCAGGGACCAUUGGAGGUGUUUCAAAAUGAUAUGUUCUGGACGGUAGUUGUGGGUUUUCUCAUAGCCUCAAUUCUUGCAUUUGCGAUUGGUGCAAAUGAUACGGCUAAUUCUUUUGGUACAAGCGUAGGAAGCAAGGUACUUUCACUUCAACAAGCCUAUUUAUUAGCUUCAAUAUUUGAAACUCUUGGAGCAGCUUUGCUAGGAUAUCAAGUGACAGAUACGAUGCGAAAAGGUGUAAUUGAUUUGACUGUUUACAAUAACAGCGAGAAUGAGCUUAUGCUUGGACAAAUUUCUGUACUUUCAGCAAAAUUUCGGGAUUAUUUGAAGGAAUUAUAUAAAAAGAUUUAUAUAGGUUGUGGUGCAUGGCUUCUGAUUGCAACAUUUUUGAAACUACCUGUGUCAACGACACACAGUAUUGUUGGAGCGACGCUUGGUUAUUCGUUGUUAGCGCGUGGAACGCGAGGAAUACGUUGGAAUCCUGUCAUCCGCAUAUUUAUGUCAUGGUUCAUAUCACCAUUACUUUCGGGCCUUGUUUCAAUCGCGUUUUAUUUGUUCAUCGAUCACGCCGUACUGCGGCGUGAAUUCCCUCUUCGUUGUGGCUUGAUUCUUCUACCCAUUUUCUAUUUUAUCUGUGUUGCUGUCAACAUCUUCGCUGUGAUGUACAACGGUUCAGAGUUUUUGGGCUUCAACAAAUUACCAACAUGGGUUGUACUUGUAACUACCUUCAUCAUCGCAGCAGCUGUUGCUUUACUUGUGUAUUUCAUCAUGGUUCCACGACUCAAGGAACGCAUUUUAGAAGAGAAUAAAUCAGUGGGAAUGGAACUGAAGGAAAGUAAACAUGUGUUUCUAGGUACACAUUCCUUGCUGCAUUACCAAAAUGGAAAGCAUCAAACAUUGAAACUGAAUAAUUAUCUUGAGCGACCAUUAAUCAGAACAUCAAAUAAGCUUUUCAAUCAAGAAAAUGCGCCUAAAAUUGGAAAAGAAGUUGAAAUGGUUCUUAAGAACCAGCAAACGAUUGACAAUGAGCACCAUGAUUUUGGUACAGGUGCUGUACCAAAAACAACAAAAAAAGUGCUUAGUACCUUUUUUCGGUCGUCUAAAUCAGAAGAUCCAGAAGUGUCUCAGUUAUUCAGUUUCCUUCAAGUACUAACAGCUUGUUUUGUCGGUUUCGCUCAUGGUGGGAAUGAUGUCAGUAACGCAAUCGCACCACUUGUUUCGUUAUAUGCUAUAUAUAAGGAGAAUUCUGUGAUGCAAGAGUCUACGACUCCUGUAUGGCUUUUGCUCUAUGGUGCUGGUGGUAUGUGCAUUGGCCUUUGGCUCUUGGGACAUCGAGUAAUUUAUACAGUUGGAGAAAAUCUUACCAAAAUAACUCCCCCAAGUGGUUUCGCAAUCGAAUUCGGUGCUGCAGUAACUGUAUUAAUUUCUAGCAAGUAUGGUCUUCCAAUAAGCUCCACGCAAUGCAAGGUUGGUAGUGUGGUUGCAGUUGGUAUGGUACAGGCCGUUGAUUCUGUAAAGUGGUCUACUUUUCGGAAUAUAUCAUUAUCUUGGCUUGUCACUUUACCCGUCACGGGUAUUCUCAGCGCACUGGUCAUGCUUAUGGCGCGUUUAUUCUUCCUGUGA